ACUUUGACAAGCUCACUCUCCUCCCACUAGCAUUGCAAUUAGCAUAUUAAUAAACCACAGUACUGCCAGUGGAGAGAGAGAGAGAGAGAGCGAGGAGAGAGCGAGGAGAGAGCGAGAGAACGCACAUACAAGCUCACAUACAGAGACAGAAUAAAAAUUCCUCCUGCCUGCUUCCUCUGAGGCCCAAUUUCUGCUCUUUUUUUUUUUUUUUAGGAAGGGGGGCUCAUUUCUUUUUUGUUUUUUUUUUGUUCUCCGAGAUUCCGCACGGGCAUUUUAUGCCAGGAGCCGUAGCCGCGGGCACCCAGUACCUUCUCGGUUUCAGACCAGGCAUGUGAAGAUGUCAGUGGGCUGCGCAUGUCCUGGCUGUUCCUCCAAGUCGUUCAAGCUGUACUCGCCAAAGGAGCCCCCGAACGGCAACGCCUUUCCCCCCUUCCACCCGGGCACAAUGCUGGAUCGGGAUGUGGGACCCACUCCGAUGUAUCCGCCAACGUACCUGGAGCCUGGGAUUGGGAGACACACGCCGUACGGGAACCAGACAGACUACAGAAUAUUUGAACUGAACAAACGUCUGCAGAAUUGGACGGAGGAAUGUGAUAAUCUCUGGUGGGAUGCUUUCACUACGGAGUUCUUUGAAGAUGACGCCAUGUUGACCAUCACCUUCUGCUUGGAGGAUGGACCAAAGAGAUACACAAUUGGAAGGACGCUCAUUCCCCGGUAUUUCCGCAGCAUAUUCGAGGGAGGGGCCACAGAACUGUACUACGUCCUCAAACAUCCCAAGGAGUCAUUCCACAAUAACUUUGUUUCUCUGGAUUGUGAUCAGUGCACGAUGGUCACACAGCAUGGGAAGCCCAUGUUCACACAGGUGUGUGUAGAGGGGCGGUUAUACCUGGAGUUCAUGUUUGAUGACAUGAUGAGGAUAAAAACGUGGCAUUUUAGCAUCCGGCAACAUCGAGAACUCAUUCCCCGCAGUAUCCUCGCCAUGCAUGCCCAGGACCCACAAAUGUUGGACCAGCUGUCAAAGAACAUCACAAGAUGUGGACUAUCGAACUCUACACUCAACUACCUCCGACUCUGUGUAAUUCUAGAGCCGAUGCAGGAGCUCAUGUCCCGACACAAGACGUACAGUUUAAGUCCCCGGGAUUGCCUGAAGACGUGUCUCUUUCAGAAAUGGCAGAGGAUGGUUGCACCACCAGCUGAGCCAGCCCGACAGGCCCCCAAUAAGAGGAGGAAAAGGAAGAUGUCCGGAGGGAGCACAAUGAGCUCUGGAGGGGGCAACACGAAUAACAGCAACAGCAAAAAGAAGAGCCCCGCCAGCACGUUCGCCCUCUCCAGUCAGGUACCUGACAAGAAAAAGGAGAAAUCUCCCCAGCAAGGCACAGACCGGAAAAAAAAAAAGAGGGUUCAAACAACUUCUCACUCUAUCCAAAACCAAAAAGUUUUGGCUUUAGAUGUACUUUUAAAGAAUAAGGAGGAUGUAAUGGUGGUGGGCGAACCAACCCUGAUGGGAGGAGAGUUUGGAGAUGAAGACGAACGACUGAUAACCCGCCUGGAGAACACUCAAUUUGACGCCGCCAAUGGGAUUGAUGAUGAGGACAGCUUCAAUAACUCUCCCGCACUUGGCGCCAACAGUCCCUGGAACAGCAAACCGCCCUCAAGUCAAGAGAGCAAAUCGGAAAACCCGACCUCACAGGCUUCACAGUAAAAAAAAAAAAAAACACACAACACACCCAC